GAUCAUCACAUUGCACUUAUAAAUAAAAGAUACUUCCCAACCACCACUACACUCCAAAUCCCCCCACCUCACCAUCUCCUUCUUCACUCCUCUCCUUCCUCCAUUCCAACAACAACAAUUAUUCAUUGAAGUGCUGUUUGUUACAAUGAAAUAGUACUAGUGUUCAUCAUAAACUAAGGAAGAAGCACAAGAGCUGUUUAGUGUUGAUUAGAGAAAGAGAAGAACAACAACAAGAAGAAAAUGUUUGGAAGAGAUCCAUGGGGAGGAACACUAGAGAUAUCGAAUGCGGAAUCGGCAACAGACGAUGACCGAAGCCGGAAUUUACAAGAUCUAGACAGAGCAGCUCUGUCAAGGCAAUUGGAUGAGACACAACAGAGUUGGCUUCUUGCCGGUCCCGGUGAUGCCGGCAAGAAAAAGAAACGGUAUGUUGAUCUUGGAUGUAUUGUUGUUAGCCGGAAACUCUUCCUCUGGACUAUUGGCUCAAUCGUCGGAGUCGGAGUUCUUGUCGGCUUUAUCAUGCUAAUUAUCAAGGCUAUUCCUCACCGGCAUCAUCCUGCUCCUCCUCCUGAUGAUUAUACUCGUGCUCUUCAUAAAGCUCUCAUGUUCUUCAAUGCUCAACGUUCUGGUCCACUGCCAAAGCACAACAAUGUGAGCUGGAGAGGAAACUCCGGCAUGAGAGAUGGUCUAUCAGACGAUUCCGUCAAGAAGAACCUCGUCGGAGGCUACUACGACGCCGGCGAUGCCAUCAAGUUCAACUUCCCCAUGUCCUUCGCCAUGACCGUCCUCAGCUGGAGUGUCAUUGAGUACAGUGCUAAGUAUGAAGCCGCCGGCGAGCUCCAGCAUGUCAAAGAGAUCAUCAAAUGGGGCACUGAUUACCUUCUCAAAACCUUCAAUUCAUCUGCUGAUACAAUUGAUCGAAUCGCAGCUCAGGUUGGGUUAGGAGACACUUCAAAAGGUCCAGCACCAAAUGAUCAUUACUGCUGGGUGAGACCAGAGGACAUAGACUAUCCUAGACCAGUCUAUGAAUGCCAUAGUUGCUCAGACCUUGCCGGAGAGAUGGCAGCAGCUCUGGCAGCUGCUUCCAUUGUCUUCAAGGACAGCAAGACCUACUCUGAGAAGCUUGUUCAUGGUGCCAGGACACUCUUCAAGUAUGGCAGGGAACAGAGGGGCAGGUACAGCCCUGGAGGCUCUGACCCUUCCCUUUUCUACAACUCCUCUAGUUACUGGGAUGAGUUUGUUUGGGGUGGUGCUUGGUUGUACUAUGCCACUGGGAACUCCUCCUACCUUCAGUUGGCCACUACUCCUGGCAUUGCUAAGCAUGCUGGAGCCUUCUGGGGUGGCCCUGAUUAUGGUGUUUUCAGCUGGGACAACAAGCUCACUGGUGCUCAAGUUCUUCUCAGCAGAUUGAGACUGUUCUUGAGUCCAGGAUAUCCUUAUGAAGAAAUACUAAGGACAUUUCACAAUCAAACCGGCAAUGUCAUGUGCUCAUACUUACCAAUUUUCAGAUCAUUCAACCGAACAAAAGGAGGUCUGAUCCAAUUAAACCAUGGAAGACCUCAACCACUUCAGUAUGUUGUCAAUGCCGCCUUUCUUGCUUCCGUAUUCAGUGAUUAUCUCGAUGCUGCCGACACCCCUGGCUGGUACUGUGGUCCCAACUUCUAUUCAACUGAUAUCUUGCGUAAUUUCGCCAAGACUCAGAUUGACUACAUUCUAGGCAAUAAUCCACAAAAGAUGAGCUAUGUAGUUGGCUACGGCACGCAUUACCCGAAACAUGUUCAUCACAGAGGUGCAUCAAUUCCUAAGAAUGGAAUUAGAUACAACUGCAAAGGAGGAUGGAAAUUUAGAGACACAAAGAGGCCGAAUCCUAACACUCUUACUGGCGCAAUGGUUGCCGGCCCUGACAAACACGAUGGCUUUCACGAUGUGCGUAUGAACUACAAUUAUACCGAGCCUACGCUCGCCGGAAAUGCUGGCUUAGUUGCUGCCUUGGUUGCUUUGUCUGGUGGGAAGACUGGCAUUGAUAAGAACACGAUUUUUUCAGCGGUUCCUCCUCUGUUUCCAACUCCACCGCCACCACCUGCAGCUUGGAACCCAUAAAAACAGAUUGCGAGUUCGAUGAUAGUUAAUUAUUGCUUGUCAAUCCUAUGAAAUAGCAGGCCAUAACAGAAGUGAAAAAUAAUGAAUGAUGUUAAAGAGAUUAAAUGUUAGUGUUUUGAGUGAAAUGUUUUGAGUUUGAAGUGAUUUGUUUAUAGAUUUCUUUGGAGAACUUGAAGUAUUUGCCUCUGUACAUCAUUGUUGUAAACAAAUAUAAAGCCAUUGGGCAAUCUGUAAAAUAGUGAGUUUCUCUGUUUCUUGGAUUUUA